AUGGAGAAGUGGGAUAUUCCCCAAUUUAAGUUCAAAUCGCUUCCUCGUAAUAUAAUUCGGAACGAAUGGAUCAAAUAUAAAAGAAAUCUUGAUUACAUAAUCGCGGCGACAGGAGAUACUGAUCGCACACGCAUAAAGAAUAUAUUUUUGGCAAAAGCUGGGCCAGAUCUGCAGGAGAUUUUUGCUUCCAUUCCCGGUGCAGAUGUUCAGCAAGAUGAGGCGAAAACAAUCGAUCCAUUUGCAGUAGCAAUACGCAAGUUGGAUGAAUAUAUUUCACCGAAACAGCAUGAAACGUUCGAGCGAAACAUUUUUUGGACACUGAAACCCGAUACGGAAGAAACAUUAGAAAAGUUACUUCUUCGCUGUCAGGAUCAAGCAGUGCAAUGUAACUUUGGUAACAAUGCGGAAGAAAGCCGAGCCAUUAGUGUGGUUGAUAAGGUGAUUCUAUAUACACCGAACGACCUUAAAGAGCAGCUGCUUCAAAAAGACGUUCUGAAGCUGGAUGACGUAACAAAAAUUGUCAGUUCGUAUGAAUCAGUAAAGCAGCAUGCACAGUUGAUUAGCCUCCCGGGGACUGGUUGUUCCAGCGAGCUGGACAGCACCUUAUCGUCGAAUAUAAACAAAAUCAAACAACUUCCGAGUAAGGUAUGCACACGAUGUGGUCGGAGUGGCCAUGUCGCGAGCGAUCCCGCUUGUCCAGCAAGAUCCAAAGAAUGCAUGAAAUGUAAACGUAUCGGGCAUUUCGCUGCCCAAUGUCGAUCAAUUGCUGUACAAAAACGCAAGCAGUUUCCAAAGAAAGAAAUGCCAUGGGCAAACAAACGAUUCAAAUCGCACCAAGUAAACGAGAUUGACACUUCAGAAAACACGGAAAGCGAUUUUCUGUUCAGUAUUAGCGAUGGGGGCGAACUAAUUCCGAUAAAGCUCGGUGGAGUAGUGUUCCAGGUGCUCGUAGACUCCGGGUGCCAGAAACACAUUGUCGAUGAGCGAUCUUGGAACUACAUCAAAGCGAAUCGAGUAAAGAUAUGGAACCAAACGAAGAACUGCAAUGAAAUAUUCCUACCUUAUGGAGAAAAUGCGAAGCCAUUAACACUUAUGGGCAAGUUUGACACAACCGUAUCAAUAGACGACGGCGGCAGGAUUAUUGAAAAGGUCGCCACAUUUUACGUAGUCAAGGGUGGACAACAAUGCUUAUUAGGUCGGGUCACAGCUACAGAUUUAGGAGUUUUGUUUAUCGGAUUUCCAAGUACUCAUGGGGUAAAUGCAGUUAAUACAACAGGAAUUCAGCCGUUUCCUAAGAUAAAGGGUAUUCACAUGAAGAUACCGAUUGAUAAAUCUGUGCUACCAGUUUGCCAACAACCUAGGCGGCCGCCUAUUGCACUCCUAACGAAGAUCGAGGAGAAAAUUAAUUCACUGCUAGCUACUGACAUCAUAGAACCUGUUGAAGGUGGGUGUCCUUGGGUUUCGCCGCUGGUAAUAGUCGUAAAAGAUAAUGGGGAUUUACGUCUAUGCGUAGAUAUGCGCAGAGCGAAUGCGGCAAUUGUGCGAGAACGACACAUCAUGCCAACAAUGGAAGAUUUCCUACCGCGGUUCACAUUUGCAAAAUGGUUCAGCCGUCUCGAUGUCACAGAAGCUUUUCAUCAAGUAGAGCUUCAUAGCGAGAGUCGUUACAUAACUACGUUCAUAACACACAUGGGCCUCUUUCGAUACAAAUGGCUAAUGUACGGUAUUGCUUGUGCCCCUGAGUCAUUCCAACGAAUUAUAGAGCAAAUCAUCAGCCCCUACAGCAAGAAUGCAGUUAACUUCAUUGACGAUAUUCUGAUUUUUGCCAGCACGGAAGAAAAACAUGAUGCGGCACUCAAAAGUGUGUUGUCAACGCUGAAAGAAUACGGAAUACUUCUGAAUCACAGUAAAUGUGUGUUUAAGGUAUCUGAAUUGGAAUUUUUGGGACACAUCAUAUCUCCCAACGGCAUCUACCCUUCGAACAGUAAAAUUGAAGCACUUCAAAGGUUUCGAGCUCCUGAAACCUCGGAGGAAGUCCGCAGUUUCCUGGGUUUGGUGACGUACAUCGGUCGGUUUUUGCCAAACCUAGCGACAAUAACUGCUCCGCUUCGCGAGUUAACUCAUUCUGGUGUUAAAUUUACUUGGGGCAGAGAGCAAGAAGCAUCUUUCGCUAAACUUAAGGAGAUGAUUGGAAACGUCAAAUAUCUGCGGUUCUUCGACAACACUGAGGACAAGGGUAAUUGCUGA